AUGAAUUCUCAAAAAUGUGCAAAACAAUCCAAACAAUUAUUGAAACAACACGUCAAAUUAACUCGCUCGAAAACGACGGAGGGUGACGGAAAUACCUCUCACAAGUGUGAGGAGUGCGGGAAAGUUCUUUCCACAUCGUAUAAUCUGCUAAUUCACCACAACAUUCACGCUGGAGUACGACCAUACAUUUGUUCUAUUUGCAACAAGAGUUUUCGAUCAGCGUCCGGUCUGAACAGACACGUGCGCGACGUCCACGACGGCGUUAAAAAUUUCGCCUGCGAUAUUUGCGGCCGUCGUCUUGCCUCAAGAGCAUCGAGGGACGAGCACAGGCGCACUCACUCCGGUGACAGGCCUCACGUGUGCGAGACCUGCGGCAAAUCCUUUAAGCAGAAGGCGUCCCUGCACGUGCACCGACUCUACCAUUCCCAGAUCCUGCCAUAUCGUUGCGUUCUGUGCGACCGCGGUUUUAGAAGAAAACAGGAAUUGGACAAGCAUGCGACCUGGCACUCUGGUCGAAAGCCAUAUGCCUGCGAUAUCUGUGACGAGCGUUUCCGCAGCAAAAGUUGCAUCACCCGUCAUCAACGCACUCAUACCAAUCAACGCUUGCAUAUUUGUGUAAUCUGCGGCGCCAAGUUUGCUCAAGAACGAUAUCUAAAGAGACACUAUGGCAGUUUACACACGGCUGUACGCACAUAA